CGCCAGCCCCGGGCCAGCGCCGGGACCCGCCGGGCCGCCCCCGCCCGCCGCCGCCGCCGCCGCCUCGUCCGGGCUCCGCAGCUCCGCCGCCCGCGGGGACGCCAUGGAGCCGCCGCCGCCCUGCGCGGCCAGAGUUUGCAGUGGAGGUUGCGCGUGCUGCGACCCACCCGCUCGCUGCUCCUGUCUCCUUUCAUUGCGCUGUGUCGAAACACAGAGGCUUCCCAGCACAGCAUCCCCGGGGACGCAUCCAGAAGUGGGCCGAGAAAGAAGCAGAAUUAAAAAUAAAUGAUCCCUCUCCUGUUGGAAGGGGAACGUCCCAAGGAGGUGGCAGCAGGGUUGGCCUGUGAGCCUUGGCCCUGGCACCAUGUUCUACAUGCAUUUUCUCAUCAACAAGCGUGGGCCGUUGGCCAAAAUAUGGCUUGCUGCCCACUGGGAGAAGAAGCUCACCAAAGCUCAUAUAUUUGAGUGCAAUUUAGAGACUACCGUUGAAAAGAUCAUCUCGCCAAAGUUUACAAUAGCUCUGCGAACCUCUGGACACUUACUCCUGGGAGUUGUGCGAAUUUACCACAGGAAAGCAAAGUACCUCUUGGCAGACUGUAGUGAAGCUUUGACAAAAAUGAAGACAGCCUUUCGCCCAGGACUUCUUGACCUUCCAGAAGAGACCGUUGAGGCUGCUUAUCAGUCCAUUACAUUACCUGAAGAAUUUCAUGAUUUUGAAACACCACUACCUGAUUUGAAUGCCAUUGAUGUUGCUGAACACUUUACCUUGAAUCAGAGCAGAGCUGAAGACAUCACACUUAGAGAGGAUUAUGAAAGCAAUAUACUUCUCUGUGAUAGAAACUUUGAUGAAGAACAAGAUGCAGUAAGAAAACAGAGCUUCUCUGACGGCAGCAUCUUAACGAGCAGUAACAGUUUUGUGGCUGAUCACAACUCCGCGAGCGUGAAUGGAGACAACUUUGCCCUGCAUAAAGAUACGUGCUCUUUUGAGAAUGACUGUUUUGGAGAUGAGGAGGAAGCUGUAGAUAUGAUUGAAAUCCUGUUGAGGGAUGAGCAAAAUGGCCCAGAUGUUCUUGAUAUGGAGGAAGAACGUCCUUUGUCACAAGAUCUGCCAGAGAACAGCACAGCCAUUGAGUCCAAAGGCACAGACAGCACUGUUAAGAAAGUAAGUCAUCUAAUGAAUGAAACAACACUGGUGUCAAAAGAAGAAGAAGGAUUUGUGCUUGAGCCAGUUGAUGAUACAGCUGUCACCCAGAGGAAAAAAAAUAAAAGAAAGAGGAAGUUGCUUGUGGAUGUAAACAAGGAACUUGACUGCAACGCUAUGUAUAACCAACUUAACAACUGCACAGACACCCUUGCUACGUUAGACCUCGCACCCCCAACGAAAAAAACAAUGAUGUGGAAGAAAUCGGGAGGUGUGGAUAAACUCCUGUCCAGCGCUACACUGCCUGUGUUUCAUGCCGAGCUGCAAAUGUUGUUUGCAAAAUGCUUCAAGAGUCACGGAUUUAAGAUGAGAAGAAAUGGAAUGCAGACGAAGUCUGAAAUGGAAGGAACAAUAAAAAAGCAAGAUACCACAGAGAUGCUGACAGUAGAAGAGCCAAGUUACCUGCAGGAGUCAGCUCAUUCAGAGACUGAGAGAAAAAUUAGAAAUGAUUCGUUUAUGUUGACAUCACAGAAUAACAGAAAUGAAACUGAUGAUAACUGUGGUGAAACUAUACAGGAUGGCACGGCUUUCUCGGAGAGCUCCUCGCUGGUGAACAAUUCACUGGGCCAAGAAGCUGAAACACAGCAAGCUGAGUUAGCAAAUGAGCUAAUGAGGAAUGGCAACGACAGUGAAGAAAUAAGAUGGAGCAAAAGAACUCUUCAGUUAUUAAAAACUUUACAGCACCUGAAGCGAUCAGGCGUGCGUGCUUUCAGUUUUCGGGAGCUCUGUCGGAAAAACAACCGGAAAGAAGCUGCGGCCAAGUUUUACAUCUUUCUUGCUCUAAAGAAACAGUGGGUUAUUGAGCUCAGUCAGAGCACGCCCUUCGCUGACAUUACAGCCACCCUCGGCCCAAUGUUCAACGCUCACUGCAAUCAUGUCCUAUUCGGAUAAGCUGAUAAAAAUCAAUCUUACUCUAAAUUUUCCAGAAAAUUCCUGGAAAAUGGUUGAAAAUCUUGUCAAACCGUGGUAAGUGUGCAGAGCUCUCUCCUGUUUCGUUUUCUCACCUGCCAAGUAGCUGCCUCGUGCAGGUGUGCUGCCUCGGUAUUGGUUACCAAGGUCUUUGCUGGGAUGUUUAUUUUUAAUAUGUAUGUUUAUACGAUGAGCAGUUCCUUAUUCUGUUAAUAAAUUAAUACCACUAAAAUACAUAUUUUACAUAAGAGAUUUACAUUGUGAGGGAUUUAAUGAAAAUCCUUAAAAACCUUUCUCGGAGACCAGCUUUGGAUGUAAAAUUCUUUUUAAUGGGACUUGUAUAUGUCUAUUAUCUAACACCAUCAGUAAGAGAAGUCUGUUCAGCUCUCUUUAUAAAAAACUUUAGUCUAUUUGAAAUUACUCCUUUCAAAAAAUGUUCAGUAUUUGGUAUUUUAAGGUCUAGCAAGUUACUGUUUCCAGCAUCACUUUCGUGCGUUCAGGCAGAGAGAAGUUACACUACCUCUAGAAGAGUCACCUAAGCUCCAGGAAGAAAUCCUUUUUCCUAGAAAUCCUGCAGUUUUAGAUUUCAUGGAGUACGUUUACUUAAAGACUAACACUUUUAUUUAUGUGGAGACCUAUUUAAAAAUGGAUGUUAAACUGAAACAUUGCUGCUUCUUUGCAUUUUGACCUAGUUUAGGAUAUGUUUUAACACUUUUACUGUCAUUUUGUAAAGGCGGUGUUUUUCAGUCGCAUCAAACCUGCGACGCAGGGGAUGGCUCUGUGUGUUCAGCGCUCCAGAGUGUUACAGUGCUGUGGGGGUGCUGACGUCUCUUAAUACGAAAUCAAUAAAAAUCAGAAGAAGAUGU